AUGUCAACAACUGGUGAUACAGUCCUGGUCAUUGGCGGCACAGGUGCCCAGGGAAUACCAGUCGUCAAAGCUUUGGCAUCUGGUUCUAAGUACAAAGUUCGAGUCCUGGCCAGGAGUGCUUCAUCGGCGACAGCAAAAGAACUAAGUUCAAUCCCCGGGGUGGAAAUCUUCGAGGGUGAUCCUUAUCACGAGCCCACCCUUCGAGACGCAUUCAAGGGCGUCUCUUAUGCUUUUGCCAACACGAAUGGCUUUGCGAUCGGGGAGAAGGCUGAAAUUUACUGGGGUAUCCGGCUCUAUGAGCUGGCUCGAGAAUUCCACCUUCAACAUUUCGUUUACGCCGGUCUGCCAUAUGCCUCCAAGCUUGGGAACUUUGACCCUAAGUACCGGACCGGGCAUCUAGAUGGGAAGGGGAAAGUCGUUGAUUUCCUUUCUGCUCAGCCAACUUCCCCUAUGGCCUGGUCUGUGAUUACUUCGUGCCUAUACGCUGAAGGACUCUCGGAAGUUAUUCGGCCUUUCCCAGAUACUGAGGAUCCCACCACGAUGGUCUUCGCGGCGCCUCUGGGGGACGGGAAGUGCCCUCUUAUCCACCUUGAGGACUACGGAUCUUACGUCAGAUGGAUUUUCGAUAAUCCAACCAGAAGUAAUGGACUCGAACUACCUGUGGCUACGGAGGACAUUGCGUGGAAGGAUCUUGCUGCAGCUUUCACGGCAGUGACGGGCAUCAAAGCUGUCUACAAAGAUGUCACUUUUGACGAAUACUUUCAGUUGGGAGUUUGGGCAAACCCGGAUGCGAUCUUGGGGGAUUCUGCCCAGUCGAAUGAUUCUACUUUAUUCACGGUGCGGCAGAACUUUACGGGGUUUUGGAACACCUGGAAAGAUAAUCUGUCUAAGAGAGAUUAUCUACUGCUGGAUGAGAUCCUUCCAACUCGAGUGAAGAGUGUGAGGGAAUGGAUGGAGAAAACUGGUUAUACUGGAAAGCACAUGCCAGUUUUGAAAAGCUAUCAUGCCGGUGGCAGGGGAGUCUAA